AUGGCCACUGUAAGCAACGGAGUACAGCUAGACACCAACAACAGUGGCGGCAGCGGGCGAAUGAACGGCUUAAGCCACAGUCAAAACACCAUCCCAAUGAAAGAUCACGACGCCAUCAAACUCUUCAUCGGCCAGAUCCCACGUAACCUGGAAGAAAAGGACCUAAAACCGCUGUUCGAGGAAUUUGGCAAGAUCUACGAACUGACUGUGCUGAAGGACCGUUUCACUGGUAUGCACAAAGGUUGUGCCUUCCUCACGUAUUGUGCCAGGGACUCGGCGCUUAAAGCUCAGAGUGCAUUACACGAACAGAAGACAUUGCCAGGGAUGAACCGACCCAUUCAGGUGAAGCCUGCCGACAGCGAAGGUCGAGGAGAAGACAGAAAGCUCUUUGUGGGUAUGCUGGGGAAGCAACAAACAGAAGAUGACGUGAGGCGGCUGUUUGAGUCCUUUGGGUCAAUUGAAGAGUGCACCAUACUCAGAGGUCCUGAUGGAACCAGCAAAGGCUGUGCAUUUGUAAAAUAUUCCUCGCACGCAGAAGCCCAAGCAGCCAUCAACAGUCUGCAUGGAAGCCAGACUAUGCCGGGGGCCUCAUCUAGCCUGGUGGUGAAGUUUGCCGACACUGACAAGGAACGCACGUUGCGUCGCAUGCACCAGAUGGCAGGGCAGCUGGGCAUCUUUAAUCCAAUGGCGAUUCAGUUUGGUGCAUAUGGAGCUUAUACUCAGGCGCUGAUGCAGCAGCAGGCAGCGUUGAUGGCGGCAGCGCAGGGUUCCUACCUGAACCCGAUGGCUGCAAUUGCCGCGGCCCAAAUGCAGCAGAUGGCAGCCUUUAAUGUGAACGGACUGGUGGCCACACCGAUGACGCCGUCCUCAGGGACCAGCACACCCCCUGGUAUUAAUGCAACAGCUGUACCUAGUAUAGCUACGCCCAUCGGAGUCAAUGGGUUUAGCGCAAUGCCACCACAGACAAAUGGACAGCCAACAUCAGAUACCAUCUAUGCCAAUGGCAUCCAUCCAUACCCAGCUCAAAGUCCAACAGUGGCUGACCCAUUACAGCAAGCUUAUGCAGGCAUGCAGCACUACACAGGUCCAGCAGCUUACCCUGCAGCGUACGCUCCCAUUGGUCAGGCAUUUCCACAGCAACCCCCUAUCAUUCCUCAGCAACAAAGAGAAGGACCGGAAGGAUGCAAUCUGUUCAUCUACCAUCUGCCGCAGGAGUUUGGGGAUGCUGAGCUCAUGCAGAUGUUCAUGCCUUUUGGCAAUGUCAUCUCUGCCAAAGUUUUCGUUGAUCGUGCCACAAACCAAAGUAAAUGCUUUGGCUUUGUGAGUUUUGACAAUCCUACCAGUGCUCAGGCUGCUAUUCAGGCUAUGAACGGCUUUCAGAUUGGAAUGAAGAGGCUAAAAGUACAACUGAAACGACCAAAAGACGCUAACCGACCAUAUUGA